CGUUCAGUAACUGUCCGUACGUACGGUUAGUCGCGCGCGAUUUUAAACCGCUCUGGCUGCUCCGAAAGGCUGAUCUAGGUGUUUAUUUUUUGUGUUUGAGUUCAUCCCGGUGCCCACCACCGUAUGACGUCACCUGGCUCGGCUGCCACCCACUCACGCGUCAUUACUUCGGGUAUUGUAACGUUCGUUCGGUGGUGCAUUAAUUAAUCCUACCCUUGGUUUUAUUUCGAUCUCUUGUGGUGCAGUGUAUUUGCUGGCGGAAUGAAAUUAGCAUAUUGAAUCGAAGAUUGGCGAUUCAGAAAAAAAUAAAAGCACAAAAAUCGUGAAAUAGUGUGAUGUGAUGAAAAUGAUCCCCAAUCGAAGUGAAGUGUGAAUAAAUUUCGAAAAAGAAUCUGUUCGAAGGAGACAAAUCAAAGGUAGUGACACCCACACUCAGUGGAGUUACCCACGUAAGAAGCAAAAAAUCGUGGAUCGAGAGCAUCGAGAUCGACGACGACGACCAAGACGCCGACGCAAAGUGCGCGCACCUAUCGAGCUACUAGCCAACCCACCCAGAUCUUAGUGGAUACAUGCAGAACAGUAGAACGGAGGAUAUUACUGUGCUCGAAGUUGUAAAAUUGGAACAAGAAGAAAAUCUACACACGACGCGUCUAGCAGAACACUAAAUUCUUCGAUAGCUCGGAAGCCACAGGAUCCGGCCGUAACAAAACAGCAAACCAUCAUACAAGCAAUACAACAGAAGAAACAACAACAACAACUUGGCAAGUGGUGCUCUCACAUUCGCAAACAUACAUACACAUACUCACGAAACACCAUCUUGGAGGACGACGGAACUAUAGAAAACAACAGCAGCAAAAAGCUCCAACUCAAGCAACGAAACUUUUUCCCUCCUUCGCAACAGCAGCCUGAGCUCGGUUGGUUCCGUCAGUCGAUUGCAGCGUGCAGAUAAAUUUAUUACACUUUUACCAAGUGUCACUCACGAACCGUUGCCGUCUGCCGUUGUCAGCAGCAGCAGCAGCAUCAAAGCACCAUGUCGGCCUUGUCGCUACGAAUCAGUUUGGAGGGUGGUCGAGUCACAAAGACGAUCCAGUUCGACCCCAACACGACCGUGUUCGACGCCUGCCGCAUUAUCAAGGACAAAUUCGCCGAAGCAGUCCAGGGACAAGCACAGGAAUUCGGGCUCUUCCUGGCGGAUGAGGACACUCGGCAGGGCGUGUGGUUGGAACCGGCCCGUAAUCUUGGCUACUAUCUGUUGAGGAAUCACGAUGUUCUGGAGUAUCGAAGGAAGCACCGAAACCUCCGGGUUCGGAUGCUGGACGGUGCGCUCAAGACAAUUCUGGUUGACGACUCCCAACCGGUUUCACAGCUGAUGGUGGUCAUCUGUACCAAGAUCGGUAUUACCAACCACGAAGAAUACGGAUUGGUCCGCGAGGACCCGGAAUCACAGAACGAAAACCUUCCCGAUAAUAAGUCCAACAUGGGCACAUUGACCCUGCGCCGGAAGGUCGCUGAGCGAGAGCGUGACGCGAAGAUGGAGAGCUUGCGAAAGAAGCUACGAACAGAUGACGAGAUCCACUGGGUCGAUGUUGGCAAGACACUUCGCGAGCAAGGAAUUGACGAGUCCGAGACGGUACUGCUAAGGCGAAAGUUCUUCUAUUCGGAUCAGAAUAUCGAUUCGCGGGAUCCAGUGCAACUGAAUCUGCUCUACGUGCAAGCCAGGGACGCCAUCCUAGAUGGUACUCAUCCCGUCACACAGGAGAAAGCCUGCGAGUUCGCGGGGAUUCAAGUGCAGAUACAGUUCGGUGAUCACAACGAAUCGAAGCAUAAACCUGGAUUCUUGGACCUGCGCGAGUUCCUUCCCGGUUCGUACGUUCGCGUCAAGAACAUCGAGAAGAAAGUGUUCGCCGAACAUCGCAAGCACCAGGGCCUGUCCGACCUGGACGCCAAGUAUCUCUACACCAAAACGGCCCGCGAGCUGCCCACCUACGGCGUUACGUUCUUCCUGGUAAAGGAGAAAAUGACCGGCAAGAACAAGCUGGUGCCUCGACUGCUCGGCGUGACCAAAAGUUCCGUUCUGCGGCUGGACGAAACGACGAAGGAAAUCCUGAAGACGUGGCCGCUGACCACUGUGAGACGGUGGGGUGCAUCGCCCAACACUUUUACGCUGGACUUUGGGGACUACGCCGAUCAGUACUACUCGGUGCAGACGACGGAAGCCGAGCAGAUUGUGCAGCUGAUUGCCGGCUACAUCGAUAUUAUUCUGAAGAAGAAACAGGCCAAGGAGCAUUUUGGGAUUGAGGGCGACGAGGGGUCGACCAUGGUGGAGGAGAGCGUGGCACCGUCAAAGGCCACAUUCUUGCAACAUGAGGAAACGACCCCGUCCGGCAAGGUGGAAACCCAGUCGAUUGCCAAACCGGCCAUCAUGCGAGGAUACGACGGCGAACGUCCCUAUGGCACUGGGGAGAUGCAAUCGAUGCAAUAUGGGGCAUUCGUCGGGCAAGUCAAUUUGGCCCAUCAACCUCCAAUGUUGCAACAAACCCGUAUCAGUACGGUCCUAUCGGAGCCCCAGAGAGCCCUCGUCGGGUACAUCUCGGCCGGUCAGGAUGCCAUCAACAAAGCCGAAAAGGAUCUGGAGAGCAAGGCGCAACUGCCUCCGCUUGGAACAGACCCUGGAUCAAUGCAAUGGCGCGAAGAAACCCUGGACACUUCCAAGCAAACCGUCACCACCCAUCUGGCGACAAUGAACGCUGCCACGGCUCAGGUUGUAACAGCCUCGCAGCCGGAUGAAAUCGAUCACGAUGCCGUCGGGGCUGCCGUUUCGCAAAUCACCCAAAGUAUUCCGGAAGUCACCAAAGAGGUCCGACUUAUCGCCGCUUUGAUGGACGAUGACUGCACCGGCGAUAAACUGCUGGAAGCGACCCGAAAACUCUGCUCCGCCUUCAGCGAUUUGCUGAAAUCUGCCGAACCGGAGAGCAAGGAACCACGGCAGAACCUUCUGAAUGCUGCCAGCCGAGUUGGUGAAGCCAGCGGACAGGUUCUCAGCAGCAUGGGCGAAGAGAGCAUGGAGAGCCGAGAGUUGCACGACAUGCUGCUAGGACUAGCGAAGGCCGUCGCCAACACUACAGCAGCCUUGGUCUUGAAGGCCAAAUCGAUUGCUGCCGUCACGGAAGACGAAGCUACGCGAAACAGAGUCAUUGCCGCAGCCAGUCAGUGCGCGUUGGCCACCAGUCAACUAGUGGCAUGUGCUCGCGUUGUAGCUCCUACGAUCCAGAGUCCAGCAUGUCGUGAACAGCUGGAAGCAGCUGCCCGUGAGGUUGCUAAGGCCGUAGCGCACCUGGUCGAAGUAUGCAAUGAAGCUACCGAUAACCAGCAGCUACGUGGUGACCUCAUGAACGCCGCCAAGGAUGUGUCUAAGACUCUAGCCGAACUGCUCGAACACAUCAAGCUGAGCUCACGCGAAAGAGCUCGCCGUGUUGAUGACAACCCCGUGGAAGAAGUCUUGGUUGCCACUGAUAUUCUGGUUUCUGCCUCAGACCCACAGGAAAUGAUCCGUCAAGCACAACAGCUGGGCAAGGCUACGGCGCAACUAAUCCAGAGCAUCAAGGGUGAAGCCGAGCGUCAGGAGGACUCGAACCUGCAACGCAAACUCUUGGAAGCAGCCAAGCAACUCGCCGAUGCUACCGCCCGAAUGGUUGAAGCAGCCCGGCUCUGCGCAGGCAAUCCUCACGACUCCGGCCAUCAGGAAUCGCUUCGCAUCGCUGCUGAAGAACUACGCGUCAUUACCACCACCACCGCAAAUACUCCGGAGAUCAAACGCAGACUCAUCAAUCGUCUGGAGCAAUGUUCUAAACAAGCUGCGGCAGCUGCUACUCAAUGUAUUACCGCUGCCCAAAACGCCCUGAUUCACAGCAACGACGUCCAGACCAAGGAGAUCCUUCUGCAAGAUUGUCAAACCGUCGCGGACCAAAUCCCACGUCUCGUUGCUGGAGUCAAGAAUACCCUCUCACGUCCUGACGAUCCCAACGCACAACUUGGUUUGAUCGAUGCCGCUGAAAUGUUCCUAGAACCAGGAGCACAAGUUGCCCAAUCAGCAAGAGAUCUUCAACCAACCGUAAUGGACCAAGCCGCUUCUCAGCAGCUGUCCCGUUCGGCCUUGAACCUUAGCCACGCUAUCCACGACCUCCGAUCUGCUGCUCAUCGAGCCAGGGAAGCUUGCGGAGGUAAUGAGCUUGAUGCCGCACUAGAAGCUGUCCGCAACUUGAGAAACGUGCUGAACGACACCCGACGCGCAGGACAAGAAGGCAACCUGAGACCCCUGCCUGGUGAGACAGCUGACAGUUGCUUUAAACAACUUGCCGCUGCCAGCAACAACGUGGAUUCAUCCCUUUACCAGCUGAUGUCUGCCGUUCAACAGAGUAACCGCACUUAUGCUGGAGUAGCUGGAAGAGACGCUGCCCUCGCCUUAGGGGAAUACACCAAGAGCGUCCGUGGAGUUGUAGCGACAACUAAAAAUCCAGCAGUUGUUGACUGUGCCGAUCAAGUGAUUCUGGAUUCGAUGCUGGUGAUCGAGGAAGCUCAGAAAACGCUUCAAAACCUUGGCAAUCAAGACCAGCUAGUUCAGGCAAUCAAGCGUACCAAAGGCUCGUUGGGCCGAACCAUUGACUGCUUCCCGGGCGUUAAAGACAUCAACGAAGCAUACGAAAACAUGGCUGAGCUGCGCGCUAUUCUGGACACGGGCGAGUUCCCACCUUCCACCCGCGCAUAUGGUCAGCUGCAGAAUGAACUGAAGAGUGCUGCGGAUACCCUCAAUACUGCAGGUGGUCAGGUCGCACACUCGUACGACAGCUCCAUUAAGUUGGCCAACACCAGCCAAGACUUCUACCAUGCGUACAAAGAACUUAUGACCGUCACUUUGGAAAUGGCUGGACAAACUGUGGAAGACAGAGCUCGUGAAGAAAUCGUCAACUCCCUGCGAGGAGUUUCCAAUCAGUCUGCAACACUCCUGGGAACAGCCAAGUUUGUAGCAGGAGAUCCAGAUAGGCCUAACGCCAAAAACGAGCUUUCUUCGGCGGCUCGUAUGGUGACGGAGAGCAUUAAUCGCUUGGUAGAUGUAUGUACUCAAGCAGCUCCCGGACAGAAGGAGUGUGAUAGUGCUAUUCGCAGUAUUGAAUCGUUAAAACCUCUUCUGGAAUCUGCUCAAGAGCCAUUGACUGAUCAAGGAUACUUCGACUGCUUGGAAACCGUCAUGGAGAAGUCCCGCACCUUGGGAGAUGGAAUGACUGGUAUCGCCAACAACGCUAAGCUGUCGAAGCACGUCGAGUUUGGUCACUCUGUUGAUUCGGUUUCGGAUUCCAUUCGUGGACUGAUUGAAUCCGCAGCACAAGCUGCCUACCUGGUGGGUAUUUCGAACCCUACAAGUGUUGGCGGUCGUCCUGGUUUGGUUGACCAAGCUCAGUUUGCUCGAGCUUCACAAGCUAUUCGUCAAAGUUGCGAAGUUCUGCGCGGUCCAGCUAGUUCUCAACAGCAAGUCCUUUCGGCUGCGACCAUCAUCGCAAAACACACCUCCGCGCUGUGCAACGCUUGCCGUAAUGCAAGCUCAACGACUACCAAUCCGGUGGCGAAGCGUCACUUUGUUCAGGCAGCGAAGGAAGUUGCCAACUCAACGGCAGAUCUAGUUCGGGAAAUUAAGGCUUUGGAUAAGGACUACAGUCCGGUAUCGAGAGCUCGAUGUGCCGGAGCUACUGAGCCUCUCCUGGAAGCGGUAUCUUCCUUGUGCCAAUUCGCAAACUCUCCAGAGUUUAUAUCGAUUCCGGCCAGAAUUUCUACGGAUGGAAGAAAGGCACAGGAACCGAUUCUACAUGCCGGUCGUGGAAUUUUGGAUGGAGCUGUGGACAUGGUGAAAACUGCCAAGGUUUUGGUAAUGACUCCUACGGAUCCUCCCGUGUGGCAACAGUUGGCUAUUCACAGCCGCAACGUUUCCGAGAGCAUCAAGAAAUUGGCUUCGAGCAUUCGCGAGAAAGCUCCUGGACAGUUGCAGUGCGAUCAAGUGCUUGAGACGUUGAAGUCCUGUGCUAGAGAUCUCAACUCUGCUGCUUUAGCAGUGGGUGUUGACGGUCUUCCUCAACGAAAGGAGAAUAACUUGCAAGGAUUCACCAACCAGUCUUUGAACGCGGCCUCGGAAUUGAUCGACCGUUUGGAGCCUGUCAAAUCAUCUGCGAAGAAGAACGCUGAGAGCUUGGGCCAUGCUGUGAAUCAAAUCGCUAAGCAUAUUGUUCCUCUGACCAACGGAGUUAUUGGAGCAUGCUCGCACGUGGUUCAUUCUGGUCAGCAAACAGUGCUCAUCGAUCAGGUGAAGUCCGUUGUGGAAUGCUGCUCGCAUUUGGUGCAGGUUGCGAAGGACGCUGGUGGAAACCCUCGUGCUACACAAUACCAUCCGGAUCUGGACGAAGCUGUCGAGUCUACACGCGAAGCCAUUCAAGAGCUAAACGCCACUGUUGAACGUUUGUCGACGGAGAACGGAGUAGUAACUGGAUUGAUGGAACAAAUCUCUCGUUCUAUGUCCCGCAUCACCGAUAAACGUCAAUCGUUCUUGGGAGCUUCCAUCAAUGAUACUUUUGUGGACUACCAAACUCGUAUGGUUCAAUCGGCCAAGGAAAUCGCUCGCUAUGCAAAUGAGAUCAACGCCAAGGCAGCGAUCGAUCCUUCAAAGUUGGCUCAACUUUCAGUCGAGAUGACCCAUCACUACAGUCAGCUGGCCCAAGAUUCUAUCGGUGCUUCGGCUCUGACCACUUCUCCAGAUGUUGCGAUCCGUAUUCGUCAGACAGUCACCGAUCUGGGGCGUUCUGUGAAUGUCCUCAUCCAGUCGACGGCUGGUAUUCGCAAGGAUGAUAGUUCUGGGCUGGUAGAGAUCUCCCGUGGAGCUCGAGACGUUUCGGAGAAGGUUUCGCAAGUGUUGGCAGCCUUGCAAGCUGGUUCCCGUGGAACACAGGCCUGCAUCAAUGCUUCCAGCACGGUGUCGGCUAUCAUCAGCGAUUUGGAUACGACCAUCAUGUUUGCAACGGCCGGAACACUUCACUCCGAAGAGGAAGGCAAAUUCUCCGAUCAUCGUGAGCACAUUUUGAAGACUGCUAAGGCUUUGGUCGAGGACACCAAGAUUCUGGUGGCAGGUGCUGCCGGUACGCAGGAUCAGCUCGCGGCCGCUGCCCAAAAUGCUGUAACAACAAUCUUGCAACUAGCGGAGGCGGUUAAACACGGAGCGGCAUCGCUCGGUUCCAACCAACCGGACUCGCAAGUGAUGGUGAUGAACGCGGUGAAAGAUGUCGCUGCAGCACUCGGUGAGCUAAUAAACGCUACUAAGCUUGCAUCUGGUAAACCCAUUAACGACCCGGCUAUGAAUGAUUUGAAAGAUAGCGCUAAGGUCAUGGUGAUGAACGUCACCUCGUUGCUGAAAACUGUUAAGGCCGUCGAAGACGAACACACGCGGGGCACCCGCGCCAUGGAAGCUACCGUCGAUGCCAUUUCGCAGGAGAUCCGCUCGAUGCAGUUCGCUCCGGACAUGCACCGGGCCAGCUUGCAACAUCUGUCCAAGCCAGAGGAUUUGAUCAACGUCACCAAGCACGUGACGGCAGCGACGGCCAAGGCCGUUUCGGCCGGCGCCUCCAAUCUACAGUCGGACAUUGCCGCCGCGGCCAAUCUGGGCCGCAAGACCAUCUCGGACAUGUUGGCCGUGUGCAGAUCGGUGGCGUGGUCCUGUGCGGAAACCCAGGAGUUGCGUCAACGGACGCUGGAUGCUGGAACGGCAGUGGCCGUGGCUUAUAGGGAUCUGUUGGAGGGUGUGCUGCAUCGGUGCACGGCGGACGAACGGAUGCAGCUGUCGAGACGGGUGGCCAAGUGCGUUACGGAUUUGGUGGGAAUGGCGCAACUGUUGAAGGGAUCGGACUGGGUAGAUCCGGACGAUCCGACGGUGAUCGCCGAAAAUGAGCUGCUGGGAGCGGCCGCUUCGAUCGAGGCCGCCGCCAAGAAGCUGGCCAGCUUGCGACCGAGACGACAGCCGGAAGUUAAGGAAACGGACGAAAAUCUCAACUUUGACGAGAUGAUCUUGGAGGCGGCUAAGGGAAUCAUGGCGGCUUCGUCGGCUUUGGUUCGUGCAGCAAAUGCUGCCCAGCGCGAGCUGGUAGAUCAAGGAAAGGUGGAUCGUCGACCGCUGCAUUCCUCCGAUGAUGGUCAGUGGUCCGAAGGACUGAUUUCCGCUGCUCGACUAGUGGCUGCAGCCACUCACAGUCUAGUGGAAGCAGCACAGCAUUUGGUUCAAGGAACCGGUACUGAAGAGAUGCUCAUCUCUACGGCAAAGCAAGUCGCCAGCUCCACCGCUCAGCUGCUUAUUGCUUGCAAGGUCAAAUCCGAUCCCAACUCGGAAACUGGAAGACGUCUCCAGGCGGCUGGCAAUGCCGUAAUCAAAUCCACCGACAAACUCGUCCAAGCUGCUCAACAGGCCAUAGAAGGCGAAGAAGAGCAUACGUUACGGUUGAACAGGAACAUGGUCGACGGUAUGGCUCAGGAGAUCAACGCACGCUCUGAAGUUCUGAUGGCUGAACGACAGCUUCUGGAAGCUCAGAACAAGUUGGUCGCGAUUCGUCAUGCCAAAUACCGUCAGAAGCUUGCAGGCGGCUUUACCACCGAUAGCAGCGACGAGGGUGGCAUUCAGCCUCCGACCUUCAGCGGAUACCAAACUCCUUCGCCAAAGCCACACACCUUGCCAAAACCGGGAACCUAUUCGCCAGCCACGCCAGCUUCCUCAACUGGAACCUUCCCUCGUCAACCCCAACAGCAACAAUCCAACACGUCAACCUUCCAAAGAUCAACGCUUCUAACGGCCAACGCCGUCCCGAAACCCUACCAAUCGGACUCGAUCAAAUCCCCAACGGCCCUUGUCUCACCCUCGAUCAUCAACCGAACGUACGAAACAACUCGGGUGGAGAACUCCAACCUCAGCGCGAGCAAAUUCAACCGGGCAAACUUUGACGCAGCCGUUCAGGACCUGCAGAACAAGGUUCAACCGAUGAGCACCUUCCGAACGUCUCCAAGUCAACAGCAACAACAAGCGGGUUAUGGAACGAUUGCCUCUAGUGCUACCACGACGACAACGAGUGCCACCAGUAAUGGAACGUCGGCACCGCAGAAUUACGAAGGAUUUACCACGAGAUACGAAACCCGUGUCUUCCAAACUGCCAGUAACACUAACGCAGCCCCUAAUAAUAACCUAAUGAAUGUCGAGCAGCAGUUUGCUAAACUAAACCUUGACAACCACGACAACCAGCAGCAACAGCUACAGCAUCACCAAUACAUGCAACAGCAACAACAGCAACAGCACCACCACCAACAGCAAUUUAGCAGCAGCAGUAGUAACUUUAGUAACCAACAACAGCUGCUGCAGCAAUAUCGCACCAGCCCACUAAAUAGCACUAGUAGCAAUCAACCCCAGCCAAGUAGUAGUCUUAGUAACAAUGGUACGAUUAAUCUACUCGACAGUACCACCGCCACCGCCAGCAGUACCAGCAAGCAAGUCAUCACCAAAAAGAUCCACAUGACUUCCUCGUCGUCGGUCAAAUCCUCCAGCAGCGAAUGGAAGUAAUCCACCUGGAGGUCUCACCGAGCCAGGUAAUUGUUGUUGUAAUGUUACGAUCUUGUGGUUAGAAAAGUUUCAAUUGUUGUAACUAGUUCAUGUGUAUUAUAUGGGCGGAGAUGACCUAUCGCGACAACUGACAACACUUCUAGUGUUGCCAAUUUUCUUCGUAAGUGUCCAUCCCGUUUUUAGAAAGCGUAAACAUCCAAAAUGUGCCUGUUAUUUUUAUCGCUGAACAAAGAAAAUAAAAUGGUUGAUAAGUGUUAGAGACGCGAAAUGUUUGUCCAAAAUCGACUGUAGCUUCCGUAGCGUCGAAAAAGUUGUUGUUAACUCGAGCCUUAAACGUAGAAUGUAAGUGUAAUGCCCCCCAUUAAUUUCUUUGGGUUGAAUCAGCAGUGCCUCACGAAAUGAUUUUUAAUAAAUUAAUGCAGAAGUGACUAACGUCCGAAGAUAAUGUUUUCUUAAUAGUAGCAGAGACAGUUUUUUAAGAGAGUAACUAUAUUCACAAAGUGCCACCAAAACGAUUUUUAACUUACAAUAUAAAACUUAAAUGCAUAUAUUUUUACGAAUGCACAAGAAACGAGUUUUACUGCAGGUUGAUAUUGUUUUCUCUUUUAACAUAGUAUUGCCAACUUAAAAUUUUGAAAUCACUGACGUGCCUCUUCACCGGUGUGAGAGAUAAUAACUUAUAUAAAAUACACACAAAGAGAGAGUCUACUUACUAUUUUCGUUAAAAACAAUUGCACAAGAAUAUAGCCAAACACCGUCGUUUGCCUUUUUCAUAAAACAAUACAAACCAAUUUUUGGAAACCUACUUAAACUAUUUGCCAAUCGCUAACCGAGUGCCAUUCUCUUCGUUUGCAUGUGCAGAUGUUUGAGUUAAGUGUUUGCACAUUUCGAAGAGAAACGAAUUCUUAUUUCAGUAAACCUAAAAUCGAACGCAACAGGUUUUGAGCUAACGCCAUUUUUAUACUACUACCUAAAGAAACUUAAAAUAAAAAGUAACGUUGACAGGCAAAGAGACAAACGUCUACUCUACUCUAACCGCAAACAGGCAGAGCCAAACGUGUAGAUUAAGUGGUACUUAAGGUACAACACGCACAUAACUAACAGCCACAUCCGAAAACGUUCGAAUAACGCAAUCUAGCCUAAACCUACUUUUUCUACUAACUUUGCAAUAAACGUUUGAACUUUGAAAUAGCCAAUUUGUGACAUAGAACGAUAGAAUUCAGCUGGAAUAAAUAGCAUAUAGAAGAACAAUCUGUAACGAAUAACAGCGAAUAGAGUUUGGAUGCAGGAGCCAAGUACAUAAGUAUUUUCUAAAUAAAUUGAACACAUUUUAUAUACAUAAAUAACAAACGAGAAACGACGGAGCCGAACAUUGCUAUUCAGAAAGUUUGCCGUGCAGUCAACGAUUAUAUUUGAUGGUUCAACACAACAUUGCAGCACGGCGAAAGCACAAGAAAUAGUAAUGUUUGCACCGAUGUAUGGAAGAAACGAGUAAUUUGUAAUUAAUACAGUGCUUUUAAAUUCAUAGAA